GUUACGUCUGACCGUAAAAAAUAGAAACUUCCAAGAUGGCCGAGUCCGUGGACUCCAUGCAUUUCGCAGCAAACAGCAAAACAAAUUCCCCUAAACCCCUUAUAGCCAAACGACCGCCGGAGAGUCGACCGCAGUCUUCCAGCGACAUUUUCCCACCGCCCCCAAAGAAAGUCCGGGUGGAGGAGAAGGGCGUGAAGCACAGGAAACUGAACGGAGAGGUGUGCGCAGGGGAAAAACACAACGGGAAGCAGAGUUGUGGGAGCCCAGCGAAAUGGAGUUUCGGCCCGGCCAAGGCGAGCCACUCCACCGCCGCCGCGGUGCCAGCGACUCCCGCCCGGAAAAUCUUCAAAAUCAGCAACUUCCUCGCGUCGCCUCCCAAAAUGAAGAAGGCGAAGGAGAAGCGGCACAAGGAGAAAAGCAGCGAGGCGCAGCGGAGCUCAGUGUCUGGUGUGGAGAAAGUGAGCCCAGCUAGCUGCCAUACAAAGACCGAGAACGGCGACGUGAAAAUGCUACAGAGAGAUCACCGCGUGAAGGAGAAAGACCGAGAGAAGAAAAAGGAGAAGAAUAAAGAGUGGAAAAAUCACAAGUUGCCACCUGUGCAUGACAUUGCGAGGGAAAACGGAGAAGUUGUUUCGCCGCCGCCGCAGAAAGAGUUUCUCACUCCAGACUCCAAGGAGAAGCCCAAAGCUGGCUCGGAAGACGACCUCAUGCUGAAGAAACUCAAGAAGAAGAAGAAAAAGAAGCACAAAGACGGCGAGCGGCCGAAGGAGAGGCACAGCCGGCCCAAAAUGUGUCACCGCUCAUGUCAGACCGUGUGCUCGGGAGUGUCCGUGGGUCUGCCCGAGUUCCUCGGUCGAAUUAACGGGAACAACAGCAGCAACAACAGCAGCGGCCUAAUCCACGCCGCCACCACAGCAACGCAACAACAACAACAACAACACCAACACCACCACCACCAGGAUCCCGCUGCUACCUCCGCCUCCAUCUCCUCCAUGGUCCGGGAGAGGCUCGGCUACAGCUCCCCGCUCCACUGCACCCCGGCGCCGGGCCUGCUCGGCCUGGAGUUCGGCCGCCUCAUCCACGUCGAGCAGCAGGCCAACGGGGGGGCGUCCGUGGCGCACGCCUACAGCGAGCAGCUCGCCUCGCUGCCCCCGGCCGAGAUGCAGCGCUUCGCCGAGGAGUUUGUCACCCUGUCGUUCAGCGAGGACGAGACUCAGGCUGCCAACUUUGUGAUGGGAAUCAUCCACGGAGCGGCGUCCUACCUCCCAGACUUCCUGGACUACUUCACGUACAAGUUCCCCAACGCUCCGGUAAAGAUGGAAGUUCUCGGGAAGAAGGACAUAGAGACGACCACCAUGGCUAAUUUCCACUCUCAGGUGAAGCGGACAUAUUCCCAGGGAACGUACCGUGCCGGGGCCAUGCGGCAGGUCAGUCUGGUCGGGGCCGUGGACGAAGAGGUCGGAGACUACUUCCCCGAGUUCAUCAGCAUGUUGGAGGAGUCGCCCUUCCUGGAGCGGACUCUGCCCUGGGGAACGUUCUCCAGCCUGCGUCUGCAGAGCCCCACCGAGAGCGACGACGGCCCCAUCAUGUGGGUCAGACCCGGAGAGCAGAUGAUCCCCAUGGCGGACAUGCCAAAGUCACCCUUCAAACGGAAAAGGUCCACCAAUGAGAUAAAGAAUCUGCAGUAUCUACCCAGAGCCAGCGAGCCCAGGGAGAUGCUGUUCGAGGACCGGACGAGAGCCCACGCCGACCAUAUCGGCCAGGGCUUCGAAAGACAAACUACUGCUGCUGUUGGCGUGCUGAAGGCCGUGCGCUGCGGAGAGGACAGCGACACUCCUGCUCGGAUCACCAAAGACGUCGUGUGUUUCCAUGCUCGAGAUUUCCCAGAUGUGGUCAUGAGGCUGCAGCUGGACCUCCACGAACCCCCGCUGUCUCAGUGUGUGCAGUGGAUCGACGACGCCAAGCUGAACCAGCUCAGGAGGGAAGGGAUCCGUUACGCCCGCAUCCAGCUCUACCACGACGACAUCUACUUCAUCCCCAGAGGAGUUGUCCACCAGUUCAAGACCGUGUCUGCGGUCUGCAGCCUGGCCUGGCACAUCCGACUCAAACAGUACCACCAACACGAAGAGAACGAGGAGGACAACGACGGCGACGAGGACGGCGACGAGGACGAGUGUUCGCCGGGAGAGGCGACGCUUAAUAUCAAAGAAGAGGAAGAAGAUCAGGAGGGAGAGGAGGAGUGCGACCUCGCUGUACAGACGGAGGUGAAGCUGGAGGAGGUGGAGGAACGGGAGGGGCCGUCGCCACAAACUCCUCCGACGCGGAUUUUCAAGGAGGAAGAGCGAGAGAACAGAGCGGAGACGGAGGAGACGUCGGCAACGGCGCCGCUGCCUUUUGUGAAGAGAGAGAGAGAUGAAGGUGUUCUCACUCCCACACUAAUGGAGCCCAAAGCUGAGGAAGAUGUGAAAGAUGAAAGUAAAGGAGCUGCAGACAUGUGUCCGACACAACAGAAGAGCCACGGGGAGGGAGCAGUGGACGGUGCCUCCUUUAAAUCAUUACAGCCAAUUAGGAAGGAAAGCGAUGUGGAAGACGAGAGGCCGCAAAAGACGCCUCUGCCGGGUCAAAAAGACAAAAGCAAAGACGGUACGACGAGCACUCCAAACACCCCACAAAUCAAAAAGGAAAGGGAUAAAGGAAAAAGAGAAAAAGAUGAAAAGGAGAGGGCUAAAGAGAAGAAAGACAAGGACAGAGUUAAAGAGAGGGAACGGGAUAAGAAAGACAGGGGGAAAGACAGAGACAGAGAGAAGGACAAGGUGAGGGAGCAGGACAAAGUCAAGGCCGAGGGCGGCGCGCUGAUGCAGCCGCUGCCUCAGAUGAAGAAGAAAGAGGACGAGGAGCGGACAAGAGAGGGCAGCAAAGCCUCUCAAACCGCCCCGACGGCUCCGAGAGACGAGAAGUGGACCAAGGAGUGCGACUCGAAAACACAACCCCACUCCGUCAAGAAGGAGAAGGAGCACGACAAAGACAGAGGAGGCACGCAGGCGGCGUCUCACUUGCGGCCGGACAGAGAGGAGGCUCGGGACGCCUGCACACACAAACACAAGUCCUCGCACGGGAAGAAGGAGAAGAGCGGCCACAGGGAAGGCAAGGACAGCAACGCGUCGAGUGCGCAGGGGGCGCAGGCGAAGACGGGGAGAGAAGACGGGAAGACGCCCAAACCCGCCGCCAUCCAGGUUAGGAAGGAAGGAAAGAAGGACUUCGGCAGCAAAGAGGAAAAGAAGAAGCCUCUUUCUGGUCCCGGCCAACCAGAACACAAACAACCACGGACGCUCGUCACCUUUGACCUUUUUAAGCCGAUGGAGGCUCACCAGACUUUUGCCCUUUCCUUUACAGACAGUAGACCUAAGACCCACCACCACCACCACAGUGACUCUCGAGGCUCGUCCUCUAAGCCCGGGUCUGACGGUCGGACAGUUGUGCCGUCAAAAGGACCAAAAGUAAAGGACUCGGUGCAGGGGAAACCUGCCGCGGCGCUACAGGACUCGUUGAAGCAGCCCCUGAAAACACACACAACCCACACACAGAAAGACUUCUUAAUAUGAAUGUCUAGAUGUCUUCUUCUUUUCUUUCUUUUUUUUUUUUUUUUUUUUACUGUACAACUUACGCCGAGGCUUUGUUAAAAUAUUUGGAAGUGCAUCCUUUGUUUCUUUGCUGCAUUAUCCCUGCGGCGAUGAGACGAGUGCGCGUUCAAAGCAUUUUAACAAAGCCUAAGAAUGUAAGCUAAGUAGCUCACUUCACGUUUGUUAGCAGAUGUAUGUAGGCUUUAUAUAAAAAUGUUAUGUGACCCGUGUGUCAGUGCCUGUGCACUACUUAGCUUCGCUCUUUAAAGCACCUAUUUUAGGUACUGGACUAGCCAAUCUGAAAACAACCUGCUACAAGAAUCGACUACAUCCACCGUUUUGGACACGACUGAGCCGACACCCUCUUCGCUUUGUUACUCUAGUCUGUGGAGUUUGUUGUUUAAAACACUCCUGAAUCAGAGCAAAGUGGUUGUUUUCAGACUGGACUGUUGGACUCACACAGGGCUGUAAAUGAUACUGUAUGUACCAAAACUGUACAGUAUAGAUGUUAUUAGCACCAAUGUGAGAAAAUGUAUACAGAAAUUGCAUAUAUUUUUUGUAAGACAAGUUUUAUUUUCCAUAGAACUUAUUUAUAUCAUUUACUGUCUGUUUUUAUUUGAAACCGAUGUAUGUGAAAAAUUUUGUUGUAUAUACAUUUUAUUUCCUAAGAUAAGACUUGGUAGUGUGAUUUAUACUCUGAUCAGAACCUCUCAAUAAAUGGUUCAAUAUGUUGACUUA